AUGAGCUUGCCAUCUCCUCCGAGGCACCUCAUUUACGUUGACGUCAGCAUCGUAUCCGGAGGCUCGCUACCGAUUCCAACACCAACUUUCCCCCGACCUGUCAUCAAUGUUUCAUUCGCUGAGAAUGUUCCGUCCACGAAGGUGCAGAUCGAUACUGCGAAAGAUAGGAGUGGAUCGGACAAUAAUAACAUCGAGUAUUCCAUCGUGCAGGAUGAGGGCUCUGAUAAGUUUCUGUUGACCCUGAAUAGGACAGCAUCAAAAACUCUUCUCUAUCUAUCGAAUAAAGUGCCUUUAGACCGAGAAGAGAUGGAUCGGUACGUUUUGAAUGUAUCUGCCCAAGAUGAUGGCAUACCGGUUCGAAUCGGAUAUUUAAAAGUGAACGUACUCGUACUCGACGCCAACGAUAAUGCUCCGACCUUCAGCAGCGAGUUGUACGAGUUGAACAUUAGCGAAUCGGCUCCAAUGAAUGCGUUUGUCUUUCAGAUGACCGCUUCCGACGUCGACUCGGGACCGAACGGUUCAGUGAAGUACCGACUAAUCGACUCUUACGACGGACAGUUUGCAAUCGAUUCGAACAGCGGGGAUGUAACAGUGGCCAAAUCACCUCUCAACUGUCCAUCGUCCUGCUUGAUCAGCACCAACUCCAUGCGUGCACAGACCAGGUCCUGCUCCGAAUUCACGUGCAUGAUUUCUGUUGAAGCUUUCGAUUCAGGUCAGCCACAAAUGUCAUCUCGGUCCUAUCUAGCGAUAUAUUUAUUGGCCGAAAAUAACCACAGUCCAGUCACCAGUUUCACCAACGUCCAGUCCAACAAUACAUUGUUCUUAAGCAUGAACAGUUUGAAAGAUGAGACGGUCAUAUCGAUUGUUAAAAUAUCUGACGAUGACAGGGGCGAUAAUGGAAGAGUUACGUUGUCACUAACUUCCGGAAAUGAAUUGUCGGUAUUUAGAUUGGACCCCUCCUCAAUUUCAGUGAUGUACCUGUUGAAAAUUGCAAACGUGGACGUCGAGAGAAGAGCCAAAAAAUUGAUUUAUAAUUUAAAUUUUCUCGCGUCUGACUUCGGAACACCGAGGCGAUGGUCA